AUGGCCCCAUUCACCCGUCAUCAUCGAAACAUCCCUAUUCCAGGCGCGGUAACUAUACUCGAGUACUUGUACUAUAAUAAUAUAUCCUUUAUCCUAUUAACAAAUGGCGGUGGCAAGUACGAGAGUACCAGGGUUACUGAGUUGAGCAAGAAGUUGGGCCUUAUUAAGGGUUCUGAGACGGUCGAGAGCUUGAGGGAUAAGACCAUCUUGGUUACUGGCGGAUAUGGCAAGAAGUAUAGAAAGGUUACUAAAAUGUGCGGCUUUACUAAUAUAGUUACUUCUACUAAUAUCCUUAUAGUAUACCCAAGUAUCUGGCCCUUUAGUUUUGCAGUCAAUUUCACCUCAGCUCUCGAUUCACAAAUCAUACUCGAUCUUCUACUCUCCAAGAAUAAAGUUCUAGAUACGGUUUCUGAGAAGAACGGAGACCCCUUCUUCCCGAAUAAUAGCUGCCACUAUAUACCUCGUCUCGGACAAGGUAGAUUCCAAGCUUCGCUACGAGAUAUCUGGGACGAGAUAACCGGUGGGGCCGUUCUGGAACGAACUAUUAUCGGAAAGCCCUACCCCGAAACCUAUAAAUACGCCAAACGAGCUCUGAACAAGCAUCGCCUCCAAAUGCUCGGCGGAAACGGUAAGGUCAAGAAGAAAGUCAGUCGGUUGGAACAAGUCUUUAUGGUAGGUGAUAAUCCUGAGAGCGAUAUCCGCAAUGCAAACGAAUUCGAGAGCCCUUAUGGCACGGAGUGGACAAGUAUUCUGGUCAAGACGGGCGUCUAUAAUAAGGGCAGCAAGCCGAAGUAUGCGCCGAAGGUUAUUAUUAAGGAUAUUCUGGAAGCUGUCGAGUGGGCUCUCUGUAAAGAGGGCUGGAACGGUGUCGUUGAUUGA